GGCAGAAAGGGGGAGGGGCCGUAAACAGAGAAUCCCGAACAAAGGAGCAGUUAAUUUACUUCAGCCGUUAAUCCAGGCCAAUAAAGCUUAUCAUCAUGCCGAUUCGCCGUGCCGCUGCGGCUCCGCCAAAGGAGGAUGCGGCUCCUGCAUCUGAGACAGAGGCCAAAGCCAACACAGAUGAGUCCACAUCUGCGGCGGAGGAGAAGAAAACACCAGCUUCAGCAGCUGCAGACGGGGAGGCAGGUGGAGAUGCAGGAGAGAAGUCUGCUAAAAAGGAAGGAGAAAAAGCAGCAGAGGAUGGAGAAACUGCUGAGGGGGAGAAAUCUGAGAAGAGUGGAGCCGAAAAGCAGGGAAAGAAGAAGAAAAAGGACAAGAAAGAAGACAAGGAAGUAAGUGAUGAAAAGACAAAAAAGAUGAAAAGGAAAAUUCCAGCCUGGGCCACCAUGUCUGCCAGCAAACUGGCUUCUGCUCCAAAAGCGAUCUCACUGUCUCAGCCCAAAGUGGAAGAAAUCCUCGUCGAUGCUAUUCAGAGCUGCAAAGACCGAGCCGGCGCAUCAAUCUUCACCAUUAUGAAAUUUGUAAUGAAGAAAUAUUCUUCCAUGGAAAUGGACAAAAGAACCAAGAGCCUGUAUAAGAGGGCACUUAAACGAUUGGUGGAGAAGGGGACAGUCAAGCAGCUGAAAGGCAAAGGCUUCUCAGGAAGUUUUACUAUUGGAAAGCUCCCAGCCGAAUCCAACUCGAAGAAGAAGCCCUCAUCCAUCUCCGGAAACAAAGGGACGCUGGGUGAGGCUUUGCCUCUCAUUAUAACUCGCCUCUGUGAGCCGAAGGAAGCGUCCUACAUCCUUAUCAAGAAGUACCUGGAGCAGCACUUCCCCCAGCUCAACGUAGAGAGCAGGCCUGAUGUGCUAAAGAACUGCCUGCAGAGGUCGGUGGAAAAAGGCUACCUGGAACAGAUCACUGGGAAGGGCGCUUCCGGGACCUUUCAACUGAAGAAAUCUGGAAACAAAGUGCUCCUGACCGGUGGGAUCCUGGAGGAUGCCAUUGUCGCAGCCAUCACCGCUAUGAACGAACCCAAGACCGUCAGUAUAAGCACACUGCGCAAGUUCCUAGUGGAGAACCACAAAGAUAAAAAUGCUUAUUUUAUUGUGGCUAACCUAAAGAGAACGCUACAGAGGUGUAAGAUGAUGGGCUGGAUGGAGCAGAUCACCGGACACGGCCUCAGCGGAUCCUACCAGCUCAGCUACCCUUACUACCCAAGUCCAGCGGUGCUGUUUCCAGAAAUGAUGGAAAAGAUCAAGCAGAAAGAAAAGGAGAAACUCAAACAGCAGCAGAAGAGGAACCAGGAUGAUUCUGAUGAGGAGGACGAUGAAGAGGAAGAAGAGGAGGAGGAUGAAGAGUCUGAGGAGGAGGAGCCAGCUCCUCGUAAAAGAGCUCAGAAGAGGUCAGCAUCCAGAGGACGCCAGGCUCCACCCAGCAAAAGAGCCAAGGCGAGCAGCAGAAAGCCUGCACCAGCUAAGAGAUCAGCAGCACCGGCCAAGAAAACAAGCAAAGCCUCCAAGAAGCCCUCUCCACCUCCUAAAGCCACACCCGUCAAGAAAGCCGCUCCGGCCCGCAAACCCAAAACGCCUAUCGCUAAGAAGAUGACGAGCAGGGGGUCUAACCGACCAGCACCCAAGAAGACACCAGCUAAAAAGGAAGCUCCUGUUGCUGAGGCUAAAUCUGCCGGGCGAAAGUCUCUCAGGGCCAAAAAAUAAGCUUGAUACAAGGGUGGUUAACUGUAGCUGGUUAGACUGCAGUGCUUUGAUUUUCCUUUUUAAUCACAUUUUAGUAGCUUCACUGUUCUUCCUUUCAAAGCCUCCUGUUAAAUAAAACCACAAUGCUUUUCCCUCCUUACAAAUUACUGUAGUGCUUAUAGAAGCAUUUUCAGUUAUUCAUUUUUUCUACAACAGUCUCGAGUGUUUAAUAGUUUUGUUUUAGAUGUUCCGUUUGAACACACUUGUGUGAUGGUUAAUGCCACCAUGUUGUCUUGAUUGUGCCCAUUAAAUUGAACAGAACUUGUUUGUCUUGGCAUAGGGAGCGAAUUUUUAGCUACUUGUUUUCUUUUGUGUUCACAUUUCAACAGUGUUUAAAAGUUCUGAAGUGUUUUUUUCUUUUUUUUAUUAAAGAAGACUCAUUUUGUGAAAUGUCAACAAUGUAAGAAAAUAUCUAACUGGUUGGCUCCUUUGUUUAAAUUAAAAUACAGUUAAAUUAAAAGUGAAAGUCAAAUUACUGGUGCUUAGCUUUGAGUUUGACUUGCAAGAUUCAUCAGAUUUGGGGCCAUGUGAAAUAGCAGGGUUUUGUUUGUUUUUAUUAUUAUUAUUUGGAAUAUCUUAUAUAAAGCUAAAUAUUUAUACAAUUCUUCCUUUGUGUAGUAAAAAUAAGAACAAGUCCUCAUUAGUAAACUAAGUUUAAUAUUACAAGAUCUUCAGUAAAUAAAAACAGUGGUAUUGUGUGA